CUUGGCAAGAGCUUCGCCUCAAACUGCCGCUCGGCGUCUCCAUCCCUCUGAAGUCCUCGAAAUACUUUUUUUCUUAUCUCAGCCUGCACGUUGCUUGUUGGUGACUAAUAACAAAUAGCAUUGUCUCUUAAUGAGACGCAAGACAAAGCUGUUUACACACGUCUGAAGGAGGAGGAAAGCAGCGGCGCGGGGGGUGUAUAUAUACACAUGUAUAAAAAGGAGAAGCGCUCUUAAAAGCAGAAUUAUUCUCUCAAGACUCCGACUGGAAUACACUCGCGCUUUUGAAAGAUUGAUCUUGCUGUGCAGAAGCAUCUUUAAUUCCAUCUUGCUGGUAUUCGACAUUCAAUUAUUGCAAGGAAUACUUAUUCGGAGGAAAGUUAUUCUAUAUAAAUAUUAAAAAUGGAAUUACACAUACUUUUCUCAAUGAUGUCUUUAUUAUAUUCUGGACUUCUUCAGACAGUGUCCAUGUCUUUAAGCCAAGAAACAUCCUCAGUCUCGAGCGCACCUUGGCGGCACAUCAGAACGAAAAGGUGCUCAUGUUCCACAUUUCUGGACAAGGAAUGCGUCUACUUCUGUCACCUUGACAUUAUUUGGAUCAACACACCGGAACGCACUGUUUCCUACGGGCUAGGAAGCGCUCCGAGAGUGAAGCGCGCUCUCAGGUCUUUUCCGAACGGACUGACGCAUGGAGACUCAAGGUGCACAUGUGCCAGUAAAGAAGACAAAACGUGCGCGACGUUCUGUCGAUCGGAAAAUCUACAGAGAUUGCAAAGCACAGACGUGAAACUACAGGCUGUCUCUGCAGAAGCCCAGGACUGCACAGGGUGGCAGUGCUUAUACAAUCUGGCAGCAAACAAGAGAAAAAUUACAAGGGGAAGAUUUGGUAAAGCAAGGGCCUUGCUUGCUAAUGUGAAGCUCAGAGCCAAGCAUCUUCUUAAAAAGAAGGAGGAGAGACGAAACCACAAGUCAAAGCUGUGGGAGAGCCUUAUGUCAGCAUCAUAGAACAGAGCCACGUGAGCAAGUUGACAAGGAAGAGUCUAAUUUUGCUUUGCUGGAAAAGCUUGUGUUGCUGGUGCAGCUCCUACAUGGACCAGAAGCACCGGAUUGUGAAUUCCCCUUGGCAGAGAACUUUGCCGUGGAUGAGUUGGGAGUCUGAAGUCCUCCAGAGUCGCUGUGAGCUGGACAAGCGAAUUUCCCCUUACUACAAAAUCACCUCUGCAUCUUUGAGAGUGUCUGCACAAAAAAGACACUGUUGCAACUGACAUGCAGAGCUACAAUGUUUUCACUGGAAGAGCCCUCAAAACAUGUGCUGUUUUAGCAAAAUGUAGAGAUUAUACGAUUCAAGAAAUACAAGCCAAAGGAGAUGAAGACUCAGUUGACAUUUCUGAUGAGAAAACAAAUCUACCUCUAUCUACAUCCCUUCAAAGGACUUGUCACAGUAGUUACCUCGGACUCUGCUUUGCAAGUCUUUCCACACCCUGCAUUUAUUACUGGUAAUACGUUUGGACAUUUUACCGUCUGCUGUCUCUGUGAUAAUCUCGUGGACCACAAUGGAAUUUCACAUUCUGUGGAAAACAUCUCAAGUUCACAGUAACUGUUUACAUUGCAGUCUUCAAAGUGUUAUCAGCACAUUCCAGCUGGAAAGUUUCCAUUGUUUGCCUUUUUGCAGACUGAAAAAAGGUCUAUAUCCAAUAUGUGCCUUUCAGAAUGGCCUUCCAAUAAAACUAGACAAUUUACCAUCACCUCCCAACAUAACGGUGAUGUUUAAAUAUAUUGUAUGACUAUUUAAAAGAGCGGGUGUCCCUAGACUUUUAUCAGUAUUGAAUAUGGCCCUUAGCACUGUUUACUCAUGUUAAAUAUGCAAUCCAUACAGGCCACAUUGGUCUAUGUCUACUGUACUUAAUUUCUGUGAAAGGUUGUGAUAAAUUGCCAGUGCCAUGAAAAGGCAGACUGCUUAGGAAAUAAAUAUUUUUUACAAAACUCUGUCCUUUUUCUGGUCUUUCAGUCUGCACUUAAAACAGCAUGCAAGACUAGGCAUGUUAUGACCUUUGUGUGUGUGCCUGUUGUUGGCAAAAAUAUGUUGUUUUUCCCGUCUUUGGACUGGUCAAUAUUAGCUAUAAAAACAAUUCUGUCUUACGUCGGGCAUGAAGAGACCUCAUUGAGGCCUCAUUGAAGCUCUGGUGCUUAGCUAGGGAGCUGAAAAAGAAAUGAAAUUGCUUUCUUUGUGUAUUACAAAUUGGCAUAAUGACACAAUGCAGAAAGGAGCAGUGUUUAAGUCCCACUCUUUGCCGAUUGCUACAAAAUGCUUGAAAUAAACGAAAUUACUCACUUCUAAUGAACAGCCUGUUCUGGUCUUGUCAUAAGUGUUUUGAAAAUGUCCCCACAGCUUAAACUGAUUUAGUUUAGGUGAGAGCCUUUUAGAAAAGAAGUAAAUUCCUGACUGAAUCUGUAGCAGUUAGUCCCGAUAACUACAAGAA